UUAUCUCACUACCUGGUCGUCUCCACGGAGACCAUCACGCCCAACUACUACGUCGGCAACGAGCGCGCCAUGCUCCUGCCCAACUGUUGUUCCGCGUCGGCGGAGUGGCCGCGCUGCUAUCCACGUCCCCCGUGAACGCCCGCUUCCGCCUCAAGCACGUCGUGCGCACCUUCACCGGCGCCAGCGACGACGGCGCCUACCGCUGCGUGUUCCAGGAGGAGGACGACCAAGGGAACGUCGGGAUCAACCUCACCAAGAACCUGAUGGUCGUCGCCGGGAGCUCGAUGAAGCACCUGUGUAUCCACGCGGGCGGCCGCGCCGUCAUCGACCAGCUGCAGAAGAAGUUCGGCCUCUCCGACGAGCAGGUGGAGGCGUCGCGAAUGACGCUGCACCGGUUCGGGAACACGUCGAGUAGCUCGCUGUGGUACGAGCUGGCCUACGUCGAGCAGCGGGGGGACGCGGGGCAGAGGGCGCUGGGCGUGCCUACCGGUGACUGUGCGCUCGUCGGCAAGAUCGCCGCCCCCCGGAUCUGGGGUGGUGGGGCGCCGCGCAGCCGGGGGCGCAGAGCGGGGGACGCGGGCAGAGGGCGCCGCGCGUGGGUGCCGUCGACUGCGCGUUCGUCGACGGGAGCGCUGCCCCCGGAUCUCGCCUGAAAGCACGGAGUGGAGGGCGCGGGGUGGGAGGCUGACCACGGCGCAGCCUUGCCGUAGGGAGAGGCGAGGGAGGUAGAGUUGCUCCCGUAGGUGUCGGUCGCGCCGUCCCAAGCCGUGCGCCACGGCACGCCGGCGCCACCCACAGAGAUGGAGAUGGUCUGCACGGGAGGGGAAGGAGGAGAUGGUCUGCACGGGAGGGAGAGGGUGAGUGGAUCUGCACGGGAGGGGGAGGAGGAGAUGGUCUGCACGGGAGGGAGAGGGUGAGUGGAUCUGCACGGGAGGGGAAGGAGGAGAUGGUCUGCACGGAAGGGAGAGGGUGAGGGGAUCUGCACGGGAGGGGGAGGAGGAGAUGGUCUGCACGGCGACCGCGUUUGGAUGAUCGGCUUCGGGUCGGGGUCAAGUGCCGGUAUCCAACCAGCUGCCCGCGACACCGAUGGGCCGUGGACCUCGUCCAUCAGCAGGUAUCCGGUGGACAUUCCCGACGUGCUAAAAUAAGUCAAGAUUCAUAAAGUCCACAAAAGAAAACAAAAAAUUUGUUAACCGCGCAUGCAUUAGCUACGGCACUAGUUAGCAAAUAGGAUGUCCACAUCUUCCGUUGACGACAUGCACUGUGAGGAAGCGUUGUUUUAGUCCAUCUUUAAAUUUGUUAGCUGAAUGCCCGUUGCACCAAGCAUUGUACCAUGUCCUUCACCUAUAAAAUGAACCACGGUAGGAUAAUUUACAUACUAAACAACACAAGCAUUAGGUUCCUUCUUUGCUACGAUUAGCUGACAUCGCCUACGGUUCAAAGGUAUGUUGCACUGGAAGUCCGAUCAUCAUAUUCAGAAGAAAAGAGUAGACAUGUAGUUUUUCGUGUAUAUAUCAUAAUUGCAAUCAGCUCACUAAUUAUUUUGUUAACAUUGUUAAUGUAGAUGAAUGUUUUUGAUCUAAAUGACGACACGAUCACUGAUAUUGUUUCUAAUUUAAUUUGCUCUUGCUCGAAACAAUAUCUCUGGCUGAGGAUCAUUAUCAAACUAACUUUCAUUUUUUUAGAUGUUUGUGGCGUAGUUAUGUACGUCGGUCCACUUCAAAGGGAUUAUUAUGCAUCCAAUGGAAUGAGGGAAAUAGCAAUAGCCGCGCGCGAUUAUGAAAUACUUUUUCUUCGAAUUUUUGGCAAUAAACUAGAUUUAUACGAGGAAGAUCUGAAACGAGCGGAGUACAACGCUUCUGUUCUUGAAGCCUUCAACAUGGAGGUUGAUCGUGCAUCCAGAUCCCUUAUUGAAACAAAAACAUCUCGGCUCAUAUUUCAACACUGUCCGAGAUUCCCCUAUCGCAUGGACGGUUAUUACGUGGGCGAUGAUUUAGAAGAUGUUAGGAAGGACGCGCGUCGUGACACCUCUCUUGGGGACAGGGUUAAAAUGCUGGUGUUGCAUCGAUGGGAGCAGUACAAAGAUGUCAAUGACAAGCUAUGCGAGCGCGUCGAACUGACAGCAAAAUAUCAAACAAAUGAACAGAACAUAGAAGAGCCAUCGACGAUGAUAAAACUUAAUGCUAGGGUGACAGAAGAGCCGAUUGAAGAGCAAUCGACGAUGAUGAAAUUUGGGACUUUGCGUACGCACAAAUGGGUUGAUGAAAGAUCCAUCGAUGAUUAUUAAACUUAAGGCUAGGGUGGCACAGAAGGAUCCUUUUUCGUCAAAGGGUGCUUUUUUGGUGAAGUCCCGGUUGCCGCGCGGAGCUUCAUAAUUUAAUCAUACAGUGUGUCCAUUUUUAUUCUCUUUUUUACGUCAAUCCAUUUUAAUUCUUUAAGAUCUUUUGUAAGCAACCUUAAUUUUUUUGCAUUAAGAGAAUUAGAUAAGCUUGCUGCUGUCAAGAUGACAAGGACUUUGCGA